AUGAAAGCCGGAGCUCUGUAUCAAGCAGUACGCAAAGCAAAUCUCAAAGUUGUGCUUUGGAGAGUACAAAUUUUAAAAUCCACCGAGUAUCAAUAUCCCCUUGGCUUCGUGAGGUUUCAGGGCGAUGGUUGA